AUGGGCUGUAAAUUUUCUCCGACAGUCGACGGAAAAAGUGCUGGAGAGCUGAAAUUGUCUGAGAAUACGAACGGCUACUUGCUUGCCUCGCUAACACCUCCCCUUCCUCCUCCCUCUCAGAUCCAGGUGAAGGACAACGGGGCGCCGCAGCUGACGGCCACCACCCGGGUCCUCCUGCGUGUGGUGGACGUGCCCGAAGCGUCUCCCAACCCGCCGGUGCUGCAGCCGCCGCCCCCCGCCCACGUGAUGGAGACGGACGCGCCGGGCCACCUGGUGUCCUUCAUCAACGCUCAGGACCCGGAUAACGACACCUUGUGGUACUACAUCACAGAGGGCGACGAGAGCGGGAGGUUCAGCCUGGGCGUGGACUCUGGCCUGGUGAGCCUGGCCCGCCGCCUGACCACGAGGAGCAGCACCACUACGCCCUCACUGUCACGGCCACAGACGGCGUCCACACUGCCGCCACCAAGCGUCGGUCUUUAUGGCACAGAGCACACAAACAACCUGACUCACUCCCGCCCGUAA